CUCGUUUCUUAUCCGUUUAAAGAAUAAAAUCAUUUCAAACAUCUCUCUCGGUUUCUUCUUCUUUGAUUAUUCGCAUUUCUCAACGACUGCAACGCGCUUUGCCGAAACGGAAAUCUCUCGAAGAAACUAAAUUAGGGUUUUGUCUCCGAAUCGGUCUAGGAAGGAGAAAGCCAAAAGGUAAAUCAGGAAAAUUAGCUCCGAGCCUGUUACUUGAAGGUAUUGCUUGCGUGAUUUUGCUGCGGAGCUGUUGAUUUUUUGUUCCGGAUCGUUGCUGGACGCAGAAGGAAAAGGUCUUGCGGAUCCGGACGCUAUUCUCAUUUGGAAUCCCUGUCUCGGUUUGAUUACAGAACGUUGUUCUUCGAAGGAUGCCCGGUGAACUUGUCUGCUCCGGUUGUAGAAGCUUACUCCGUUAUGAGGGUGUAACAAAUAAUGUUCGUUGUGCGAUAUGCAACACAAUAACUCCAGUGUUCUCACAACCUCAAGAUGCGGCCCAACUUGUAUGUGGAGGUUGCCAUAGACUGCUAAUGUAUGCUCGAGGUGCUACUAGUGUCAGGUGUUCCUGUUGUAACACUAUAAAUCAGGCUAGAUCUGCAAAUCAACUUGCUCAUGUGAACUGUGCCCAGUGCCAUACAAUGCUUGUGUAUCCUCAUGGAGCACCUUGCGUUAAAUGUGCUUUAUGUAAUUUUAUUACUAGAGUUGCGGUGAAUAGUGGGAUGAUGCCAAUCCAAGUAAACAGGCCAAGUGGUGCCGCACCGUCCCUUGCAUCCACUUCAGCUCCUUCGCCAAACUCUAAUAACCAGACAGUUGUUAUUGAGAAUCCUAUGUCAAUAGACCAAAGUGGCAAGCUGGUAACAAAUUUUGUAGUUGGAGUUGCCGCAGGGAAAAAAUGAUUCUUCUUCUGUGGAUGAUUGUAAUUGCUGUGUUAUAGCUUUGGUGUUCUAUCUCAUUGUGGAGCUGUCAGUACAUAAACUUAGUGGUAAGUCACUUGGCAUAUAUUAUACCAGUAAAAAAAUAAUUUUACAUUUACAAUUUUGUGGAAUUUUAGAUCAAAACAUUACUACUAUAUGCACCUUCUAACGUUUGCUCUUCUUCUGGAGGCGAACAUACCGUCUGUUAUGUAUAUUUAUGUUUUUUUUGGAAAAUUUAUUUACAUACCACACAAUUCAUAUAUAUUUAUAUAUCUAACACCCAAAGUUUGUCAUUUACACUCACAACAACUUAGUGUCAUAAAUCUACUAUGCACGAAAAGGUUUAUUUCACUCUUA